AUGAGGAUCCCGAGGAGCUUGGGACUCCUUGCCCGCCGCACAUUCAUUAUGCUCCUCGUAUCGGGUACCUUAGCAUUUCCAACCCAGAACAUCCCACGUGAAUUGGACACGUCCAAGUCUCCGCCUACGAAAAGACAAUUCAACUCCUCUCUAGACGGACCCGAGCUCUCCUACAACUACUUCGCCGCGAUAGGAGACUCGUACGCUGCAGGUCUAGGAGCAGGCCACGUCAUGGAUAGGAAUUGUAAGCGCUACAACCAGUCAUACGCCAAUCUCAUCAAUGGGGAUCCGAGAUUAGGAGAUCAGGAUGAGGUGGGGAGGAGGUUCGAUAACCUGGCUUGCGCAGGUGCUACGAUUCGAGAUGUUUUGGAGAAGCAGAUCUCGUGGCUUGAUGACGGGGUAGACGCUAUGACGAUCACGACGGGCGGGAAUGAUGUCGGUUUUGGCGCCAUUGUAGAUUCUUGCAUCUUCGGAUUUGGAAGAACUCCAUGUGAGCAGACGAUGCAAACGGCGCGGACGUAUAUAAGGACUGCACUUCCAGUGACGCUGGACCGACUCCUCAAGAUCGCAAGCGCCAAGCUCACCCCAGGAACCGGACGUAUCUACAUCACCGGCUAUGCGCAGUUCUUCAACGAGGCCACCACGCAGUGCGACUCGGUCAGCAUCGCGCUCUUCGGCCGCAAGAAACUCCUCGAUCAAUCGCACCGCGCGCGCUAUAACGAACUCAUCAGGUACGUGAACGCGGAAAUCGCACACGCAGCAGGGCGAGCCGGGCCGCAAGUCAUCUUCGUAGACUACGAUUGGUAUUUCGGCGCCUGCGACGGCCGACUCUGCGAAGCAGACGUCUUCGAACCCGAUCCCAACCGGCCCAAUCUGCUCAUCUUCGAACGCAAAGGGAACGACGUACCUCUUGAUCCCCCCGCGAUGAUGGGAAAGCGAAACUUCCUGGCGUCCCUGACGAAGAGGAUCCGUAUCUGGUGGCUCUCGGAUUCCGAGUUGAGAGUCUUUCAUCCGAGGUCUAAUGGUCAGAGAUUGAUUGCGAAUGUUGUCUUGUCGCAUAUGCAGGCGCAAGCUGCGCUCUUCAGGGGUCUCGAUGCGGCUCCUUUGUCAACGCAUGAUGUAUGUCCUGCGUAA